AGUGUCCAUGGAAAACACUGGUGAACAAGUUGUGUGCCUGAUGGCCUAUCAUCUACUUUUUGGAAUGUUUGUCUGGUCAUACUGGAAAACUAUCUUCACAUUACCAAUGAAUCCUUCAAAAGAAUUCCAUCUCUCUUAUGCAGAGAAAGAAUUGUUGGAGAGAGAGCCAAGAGGAGAAGCCCAUCAGGAAGUUCUUAGGCGAGCAGCCAAGGAUCUUCCCAUCUAUACCAGGACCAUGUCUGGAGCCAUCCGAUACUGUGACAGAUGCCAACUUAUAAAACCAGAUCGCUGCCAUCACUGCUCCGUCUGUGAUAAAUGUAUUUUGAAGAUGGAUCAUCAUUGCCCAUGGGUGAACAAUUGUGUUGGAUUUUCAAAUUAUAAGUUCUUUCUCCUUUUCUUGGCUUAUUCUCUGCUCUACUGCCUUUUUAUUGCGGCAACCGAUUUACAGUAUUUUAUCAAAUUUUGGACAAAUGGCCUACCUGAUACUCAAGCCAAGUUCCAUAUUAUGUUUUUAUUCUUUGCUGCAGCUAUGUUUUCUGUCAGCUUGUCUUCUCUGUUUGGCUAUCAUUGUUGGCUAGUCAGCAAAAAUAAAUCUACAUUAGAGGCAUUCAGAAGUCCAGUAUUUCGACAUGGAACAGAUAAGAAUGGAUUCAGCUUGGGUUUCAGUAAAAACAUGCGACAAGUUUUUGGUGAUGAGAAGAAGUACUGGUUGCUACCCAUUUUUUCAAGUCUAGGUGAUGGCUGCUCCUUUCCAACUUGCCUUGUUAACCAGGAUCCUGAACAACCAUCUACUCCCGCAGGGCUGAGUUCCACAGCUAAAAAUUCCGAAAACCAUCAGUUUCCUGCAAAGCCAUUGAGAGAGUCCCAGAGCCACCUUCUUACUGAUUCUCAGUCUUGGACGGAGAGCAGCACAAACCUAGGAAAAUGCAAAGCAGGUAUGAGCAAUCCUGCGUUAACCAUGGAGAAUGAGACUUAACUCUUCAAGCAAGAUAAAUUCAUACUUUACAAAAGUAUCAAUGCCGUAGAUGAUGGAAGAGGCUUCCCACAGGAAGGUGCCACUGGUCAGUUAUGCCUAUAUCCCUUUGGCUGGAAAUGCAGAAUAUGAAUUGAUCAGUUAUCUCCAAGCCAUUGCUUAAAAUAUAACAUGUUUUGGACCCAAUACACACAUUGUUACAACUAAUACAAAUUCCUAUUAAGUAUUAAAAGUAGUUCUGGUUUAUUAAUCAACAGGGAAAACAUCUUCUCCGAAAAACUUGGAAUAAAUUCAAGGACCAGUUUUUACCCAAAUACAUGGGUAGCACAGUUUAUCACAUAGAAAGUCCAUUAAUGAUCUGAUCUUCUGAAUCUGAAAAUGGAGACUAUUAAGAUAUUAAGAUUUCAGAGAUUUCAAGUCACAUAAUGAUAAGCGUUAUUCAUAAAACUUACCUUUAAGAAGGUGGAAGUGGCAAAGCAUACUUCUUUUUGUUCCUCUGGUGUGAAUCCAGCCUCAGACUGAGUGAACUGUGAUAAUUAUGAAAAUUCAUUACAGAGUCCAGGUGGCCUGCAGUUGAAGAUCUUCAGCCAUUUUUGCCUCAGUUAAAUCCAGCCCUUGUUUUCUGCUGGAAAAUGUGUGGACAUUGAAGCUUGAGCUCCCUCUUAAAGCAGUUGGCUGGAAUACUUUUGUCAGAAUACAGUACAUUUCGAUUACAUCAGAAAUAUAUUUUCAUCUCUUCUAAUCUUCUUAAAUUGGGAAAUUUAUAAUAGCAAUUAUGAAGAUUGUUUUAUGACAUUCUUUUGUCAGUUUGGCUUUUAAAAAAUCUCUUUUUAGAUUAUUUCUCCUGUUGAAUAUAGUAAAAAUAUUGAAUUUCUCUUAAGAAUUCCUAAUAGGUCAAUAGAUUUACCCUCCAGUUAUAUCUGUAUUAUUUGUUUCUCAUCUCAUCAAAAUUAUGACAGGUAAACUAUAUUUUUCCUUAAACACCUAUUAAGAUUAAAUUAUGCAAAUCAUCAAAUAAAAAUCAUACAACUUUUGGAAAGUUAGUUCAACAUGAACUAAAAUGGAUGUUGUUUGGAAAUUUAGUUUGAGAUAAACUAAAAUGGUGUGUUUGUUGAUGCCAGAAUGUUCAGCUUCAGUCAAUAUAAUAAGCUCUUGUGCCUUGUAUGCACUAUUUUUAAAAAGUUUUCUUGAGUCCAGUAUAAUUUAUGUAAAUGUUAACAAUUAGAAUAAUACUCUGUAUGUUUUUUUGGUACUGAUUUUGAGAAUUUAAAGCAGAUUACCUUUUAAAACUGGACCAACUAAGUAAUUGGUAUUUAAUCCAAGAGAAAAUGGUGAUAAACUUUUCAAAAUCUUUGUUAAACCAAACAUUCAACACAAAAUAAACUAGAAGGCCAGAGGAUAAUGGAAUAAAGGAUCAUUGCAAUUACUUAUCCUUCCUAAAAGUAUAGUUUUAUAUUAAUUGUGCUUAUGGAGGAAACAAUGUCAGCCAAGUCCAUUUUAUAGUCAGAGUGCAAUUCUUUGAACAGUAGAAAAAUCUGCAGUCUUUUACAGAUUUGUUUUAAGCUAACGAGUUUCAUCUGACAAUCUGCUUCAAGAAAUCUCAGAAAAUAUGAUAACAUUUUAACUUUCAUUUUAGAGCACGUUUUGGUCAUUUUAAAAAAUACCUGAAGUGCCAGACUGGAACCUGUAGCUACUACUAGAAGUCUUAAAACCAACAGCAGCACAGGAUGUAUUAAGAAUUAUAUGAAGUCAGGUUUUUUUUUCAAAGCACAGUACUAUUAGCUGUUUUGGUGGACAGGAUUCGAUUAAGUAUUCCCUCUUGUCAUACUGGAAGCUAGGGGAAAAAGAGGGAUUUUUAUCCUUUACUCUGCUAGAGUACUGUUACGCCCCUUUCCCCCAGUCUUUUCUACAAUUAAAUAUAUGUCAAUGCACAUUAGAAUCAGAUUUGAAAAAGUUAAAACAAUUUCAUUGUUGUAAUUGUUCCCUUUCUGUUUUCAUACAGUGAAUAACCUUUAAAGGGUUGUUUUGUUUUGUUUUGAAUUAUAGGAGUUAUAAUUUUUGGAGAUGCUUGCAUAUCUUAUUAGAUAUGCAAUAUAAAUUUAUCUGAGAGAACAAAGUGCUAAAUAAAUAGAUCUACAUUUUGUACAUAUUUAUAUAAAAUUUACCUUUAAGUAUUUGCUUUAAAAAAUUUAAUGGCUUAACUCGAACUUGAAGACACAUACUUCAACUGUCCUUAUUGUCCAUUAAACUGAUAAUUUUUAUUUUUCUUGUUUUUAUAGAUUUUACUAUAUAGGAAUCAAGAUUUAAGAAAUUUUGCAUUAAAAAUAAUGUACCAAUGCUUCAUAUACAUUAGUUAUUUGCUAUUAUGUAAGGAAGAGGAUUGUUAUUUCAAAGAUAUAUUAACUGUUGCAUCUGAAUACAAUCAUGAUGCAUUCAAGGAAGUUCAUAUCCAUGAAUUCACUCCUAAUAUACCCUAAUAAAGUGGUUGA